CCAGUGGUAGGGACCACAGGCUACAACCCACUCUUCCAUUUAAUUUUUGUAAAAUGGCUCGCGAACAAACGACUCCCGAAUGUCACAUGGCUACCCCUCAAGGCAGGGUACUAACGCCCCUGUAGAUAGAGGACACUGCACAGUAGUAUUUAAUAUCAACUGCCUGGCUCAAACUCUCCACAUGAGCUGGCACUGUGCACCAUCCGCUAGCACAAGAUGAGGAUUUGAAAGGAAGAUGCUGAACUAAGUGUGGAGUUUGGAUGACAUUUAAGGGCGUGGCGGCCACUUGGAAGUCCCGGGACUAUUUUUUUGUACAUUUGCGGUGAAUUCUAAUGUAUAUUUCCACGCGGCGCUGCGUCUCGUCCAGCUCUGGUUCCGUGUGAUUGGACGGUCCGCUCGCUAGUUAGCAUCCAGGGGCGUCGAGCUAGGCGAGCUGAAUGGGGGUACAUUUGUGUGCCACGCCGGUGCUGCCGAACCCCAACGGAGACGGGCGGUGAUAUAUCUGUCGAGUGGAAUAUCUUUCUUCUCCACCUUUUAAGACGAUGGGAGGGAUGCGACGAGAGGGAAAGUAGAUACAUGCGAGCAAUAUUCCUAUUUUAAUCGACACGGGGGUUUUGGGGUGAGUUUUGAAGCCUACGGUUGACUGUCGUGUCGCUGCUGAGGAAGUGACACUGAUAUGCAGAUAAUCCUCAUUUCGUCGCGGAUUAAUGGCGACUUUACCUUUAGCCAGUUUGAUGAUGCCGCCCAUCUUUAGCGUCGGUUGAAAGCAGGUUGUUGGAGUGCUUCUUCUCCCCCCCAACAAGCUCUUCAUCUCGCUUGUGUCAUCCAUGCCCGUGUUGUUGGAGGUGCGUGUCUGUUGGCCAACUGCGUCACCGAGUGGAAGCUGCAGGUAUUCAUCUGUAAACUGCACUUUGGAAAGUCUACCCAUGGACCCUAUGACCUGUACCCCAAAGUGACAGAACUCUUGAAUCAGCAUGGAACCGGAAGCGAAUUCAAACUCAGAGGAUCACCCGGAAUGGAAUCAUCAAUCACAAUGUGAACUGCAAACAAGUAUGUCUGACGCUAUGGAGGAUAGAAGCCUUGGGGACUCAGUGGUGAGAGGCAGCAGCGACCCUUCAUUCAGUUAUCAGAAGCUUGUGCAUCAGAGAUUCAUCAGGAGAAGUCUGUGGUUCUCGGACACAGAUGAGCAGUCCUUUGAGGCCUCUGAAUGUGAUCACAGGCUCCUUAAUAUAAACUUGCGAACAAUCGUUGGCAGGACACGAGGGGCAAGUGGUGGUAUACAGGAGGACUCCAGCACUGAGAGUCAAUGUAGGCUAAAAGACAGUGCGACAGAAAGUGCUAAAUCUGAUGAGGAGAAGGUAAAAAGUGGAAGAGAUGUAUUGAGUGCAACAAGCGGUGAUGUGGGCAAAACCACCAUCAAGGCUGCCAGCGAGGAGACAGAGGAAGAGGCAGAGAUGAAGGCUGUUUCCACAUCUCCUGGAGGACGCUUCCUCAAGUUCGACAUUGAGCUUGGGAGAGGGUCCUUUAAGACCGUCUACAAGGGCCUGGAUACUGAAACCUGGGUGGAGGUUGCUUGGUGUGAGCUGCAGGAUCGUAAGCUGUCAAAAGUGGAACGUCAGCGCUUUAAGGAAGAGGCUGAGAUGCUGAAAGGUCUUCAACAUCCAAACAUUGUCCGCUUUUAUGACUUUUGGGAGUGUCCGCUCAAAGGGAAGAAGUGCAUUGUUUUAGUAACGGAGCUUAUGACAUCAGGGACACUAAAAACCUAUCUGAAGAGGUUCAAGGUAAUGAAGCCCAAGGUGCUAAGGAGCUGGUGCAGACAGAUCCUGAAAGGCCUUCACUUUCUCCACACAAGAACUCCUCCCAUAAUUCAUAGGGACCUGAAAUGUGAUAACAUAUUCAUCACUGGACCUACAGGGUCUGUCAAGAUUGGAGAUUUAGGACUGGCAACACUGAAGGCAGCCUCUUUUGCAAAGAGUGUCAUAGGCACUCCAGAAUUUAUGGCUCCAGAGAUGUAUGAAGAGCACUAUGAUGAAGCUGUGGAUGUCUACGCCUUUGGCAUGUGUAUGCUAGAAAUGGCCACCUCGGAAUACCCCUAUUCAGAAUGUCAGAAUGCUGCACAGAUUUACCGUAAAGUCACAAGUGGAGUCAAGCCAGCCAGUUACAACAAGGUUGUGGAUCCUGAAAUCAAGGAGAUUAUUGGGGAAUGCAUCUGCCAAAGGAGAGAGGAGAGGUACACAAUCAAAGACCUCCUGAACCACGCCUUCUUUGCGGAGGAUACAGGGGUGAGGGUGGAACUUGCUGAGGAGGAUGAUGGGAAAAAGACAUCAAUAGCUCUAAAAUUGUGGGUGGAGGACCAUAAGAAAUUGAAAGGGAAGUACAAGGAAAGCGGAGCCAUUGAGUUUGCGUUUGACCUGGAAAAAGAAGUCCCAGAACUGGUGGCGCAAGAGAUGGUGGAGUCUGGAUUCUUUCAUGAAAGUGACGCUAAGACUGUUGGAAAAUCUAUUAGGGACCGUGUAGCACUGAUCAAAUGGAGAAGAGAGAGAACUGUAUCGGCUGCUAAUCAAAUGGAUGGGGGGAAUGGCUUUCAAAAGGCACCUUCUCAGUGUAUUGCUUCUAGAGAUGCACAUGCAAGACAGCCUCUUUUGGUGGAACCAGAGCUAGACUCUGAACAGCACAACAGACUGCAUACCCCGCCAGCCAGUGUCACUUCAGUCACAUCAGACAGCACUUUCGACAGUGGCAAGGGUUCCACUGUGUACUCGGAUUCCCACAGCAGCCAGCGGAGUGGCCCCUAUCAGUCCCUGCUGGAGCCGAUCGCUAUGGCAAUGCAACAGUGCCAGCGAAGUAUACCUUUUCAGACAGAUCGGCCUCACUCCUGUGAUACAGGUGAUGUAUGGGGGGAAGUGCAAAGCCCAGAGCUUAGUAUUCGAUUUGGAACUGCAGUCCGCAGAGGAAGUGCUCCUGUUAUUGAUACUUACCAUGCAAAAUGCAUUGCUCAACUACAUGCUCUAAAACAUUCUUGGAGAUCAGUCAGUUCCACCCCUGUAGUGAUAGAAAACCAAUGGGAACAUCACUCAAAAGCUGAGGCUACCAGUGGAAAUAUCACACUACCUGUGACAAGUCGCCGCAGACAUUCUGACAUUAGCAAUCUAACCUGUCAUCACAGCAACCAUCUGGCAAAGCAAAGAGUUCAUAUGCGGAAGGCCUCGCUCUCUUUGCUUCAUCUGGGGUCACAGGGAGGAAUACAGCACCAUCCAUCUACUGAUUCAAAAUACUGCCUGUCCUCAAUGGGAACAUUUCCUGAAACAGGUUUAGGAAACCAUAAAGGUUCAACUGAUUGUUUAGAUUUCCUACUGCUGCAGAAGUCCUUGUUUAAUAUAAUCAAUCAGAAAGGACCACCAUGUCGCACUGCAUCCACCCAGCACCCUUCGAUUCACUCCUCAGCUUCUCACAGAACGCUCAGUGCUGCUGAAGAUGGCAACCCGAAGAGUCCCCUGAGUGCCAGUUUGUUUGAUGCCUGCGAAGAUAAAUUCUUGGCACCAGAACAGCAAAUUGCUGUAGGAGUGACCAGUUCUGUGGGCCAACAGAAUAAACCAGCUGAUUUCACAUCCUACCAGUACAUCCAGCCUGGACAAAGUUUCCCUUCUGCUCCAUAUGCUUUCCAACUCGGUGCUGCAACACCAAAUCAAGCUACUUCAUGCUCAGUCAACCUCCGUCACGGAGCCAGUGGUUGUUACACACCUUCAAAUGCGCAACAGCAGUCAGCACCAAGUAUUUCAGCAUCAUCUGGGCCCCAACAUGUUGCACAGUGUUACCAGACACAAUGUCACCAUCCACAGCAAGCAACUUUGAACUGUAUUGUUUCAACCCAGCAUCAGACCUAUUCUGUGCCAGGUUAUCAAACUUCAGUUCAGCAAACAACUACAGAUGCCACAACUACUCCACCAGCACAGCAGUCAGAACAAAGUUGCCCUCUUACAUGUGCACCCUCAACUAUGGUAGCAAUGGCCCAGUGUCAUUUGGCACAAGCUGCUAGUGCUUUGCAGCCGGUUCAAGCUGUGGUUAAACUGCCAAAUCAGCAGAUUGGCCUGAACUCUGCAUCAGCACUUUAUGGCCAGCAGAUACCCAUUCAAGACUAUCAACAACCUUCAAUGCAAAAUACUCAAUGCAGUAUACAGCUAACCCAACAUGAUAGGCAGACACAUGUUCAGUGUAGCCCUGAGAGAAUGCAAAAUAUACACCAACAAAGGCCACCUCUUCACCAUUCUCAAAAUCUUCAAUCGUCUGGUCACCAAAAUGAACAGACGCCUUGUCUUCAGCAGCAAAGCCAGAACUCCAUACCGAUAACCGUACCACAAUCAAGCCAGGAUACAUCCCAGCCUAUAGUACAACAGGACCAUGCAGGCACUAAUCCACCCUAUUCUACUACCAGUUUACCUGAUGUGGGCUCUCAGAGCUAUUCACAUUCUACCCUCAAUGCUGUGCAGCAACAGGGUCAGUACCUCACCGCACAACUGUCAUCUGAUACAUCACAGGCCUAUGGAGGAGCUCCCCAGAUGCUGACUUGUCAGAGCAAUCCAGUAUCCUCACAGCAAAGCCAUGCUGCUCAGAUAAAUAAAAAGGAUAUCUCUGAUGGUCAGAGCAUUACAUCGAUUGAGCAAGAUGGAUUGAACCAUGGACAAAAUCUUUCCCACUCAGUGGGCAGUUUAACCACCCAGACAAUGUCUGAUCAACACACACUAGAAACCGCUGUUCGUCAGUACCUGCAACCACUGCAGAUUUCCGCAUCACCACCGCCACAACAUUCAUGCCAGAAUGUGUCAGACCAGGGCACACCUGCUACCUGUGGCCAUUUGGGAAAGCAGAACCAAAGUCAAGUUCAGAGUCAGGUUUACCCUCCUCAUUUCUCUGAUUCUCAGAGAGCAUCGUCUGGAUCUGCAGUUUCCAGCCUGACACAGCAACAGCUCAGUGGUCCGACUGAGGCUAACACAGAGGAUCAGGCUGCAGAAAAACACACUGGGGGACAAAGCUAUGACAGUGUCAACUCUGAUGCCACAUCAGGCAAGGAGAUGAGUGAUGGCUAUGAGGGGGCCCACGGUGGUAAAGGGGAGGUGAAAGUCCGCAAACACCACCGCAAGUCAACACGCACUCGGUCUCGCCAGGAAAAGAUUAGCAGACCUAAGCUUAGCAUGUUAAAUGUAUGUAACACAGGGGACAAGAUGGUAGAGUGCCAAUUGGAAACGCACAAUCAGAAAAUGGUCACCUUUAAAUUUGACUUGGAUGGAGAUGCGCCUGAAGAGAUUGCUACAUAUAUGGUGGAGAAUGAUUUUAUCCUGCCCUUAGAGAAAGAAGUGUUCAUUGAACAGCUGAAGGAUAUUGUAGAUAAGGCUGAGGACUUGUUGAGUGAAGGCACAGAAGGUGAGAGGAACUCAGACAAGGCAAGCAGUCCUGCGAGUGAAGGAGCUGGCACCUUGUCUAUGGAGGGAAUUCGGGUUUGUGCCCCAAGAAUUCCACAGCAGGUCUACCAACAAAAUGUCCUUCACACUGGCAAGCGCUGGUUUAUCAUCUGCCCAGUGGCUGAAAUGCCUGUCCAAGGGAAGACCCCUUCUCACAACUCAACUGACAUGGAAUCGGAAAAGUCUGCUACGAUAUCUGUGAAACCCAUCAGAAACACACCUGCAUGUUCUAUUGCUCAUACAUCUUUAUCUUCACAAGACCCUUUGCCCAUGUCAGUGCAACUUAAAGACCAAAACACUGACAAAGCCCAUGUCCAGCCACCCGAGUCCACUGUCAAUAAAACCAAACCCAAUGUUGUGGCUAUUAGCCAGAAUAACACCCUUCCUAAUGAAAAACCUUGCAUCUCUGCUGUGUCUAUAGUAACUGACAUCCCAUGCUGUGCUUUCGUGCCACCAGUUUCUCUGGACGUCAAUACUAUUAAUAAGGUAGCUGGUUUGGCUACACAAACUACUCAUGCCAACCAGACCAGUCCAACUGGGGACCCACCCUUGCAGCUGACCACUCAUCAGUCUGUGGUCCUCCAGCAACCCUAUCCCACACCUAUACCGCCGGCAUCAGUCACCUCCCAACCUCAAAGUCCAGCGCAUCAGACUUCUGUAUCAUUAGACCAUCUACAGCCAGCAAGUGGGGGGCCUGCAGAGUCGGACAGUGAUGGUCCACGUCGGGUGGAGUUUGUUUGCACCAUUAAGACAUUGGAUGAGAAGCUGAGGAAUCUAUUAUACCAGGAACAUGCAACCUCUCAGCCCUCCAGUGCUGUGUCUGACCCGCAUACCUCCAGCACAGAAGCGGUCAAUUCAACAUCUAUUUCAGAUGGCCAUAGCAGUGAGGGCCCACUUGCCAAAAAACAGGGGGAGCCAUUGCCUCAGAUUCCUGAAAGCCCAGAAUGUGUGGGUGCACUAAGUGACUCUGUUUUGGCAGCUACUAACACAAGUCUGAACAGAAGAGAUGUGACUGUAGGACCCACAUCACCAAAUGCAAUUUGUCAUGUGGAAAAAAGCAAUCCUGGGCGCAGCACCUGCUGCUCCCCGAUGCACUCUAGUGGUUCCCUAAAGUCCCACAGCAAUGGCUCACAAACAAAUACCAAAGACGAUGUAGCUGGCAGAAGAUUAUUUUUGAAAGCUGCAACCAAUGAGAGCACUGGUGCCUCCAGACCCAAAAUUAAUAACCGCUUCUCUGCCCCACCAAACCUCUAUCAAGCUACCCCUGUCUCCAGCACUGAUGUCACACCCCAGCAUAUACCACGGGCCAUGACCAUAGGCACGCCAACCCAUCACCACUACCACCACCACUUGUCACACCUCCACUCUGAUUCUGCAGAUGAGGACAGCGUCAGCAGCAAAGCUCCUCCUCUAGCCAAUGCUAACUCCUCAGCUCAUCCUCUACCCGAGCACAGUGGAAGCGACCUCAUGAAGAGGGCAGUAGCCUUUCUUAAGCGAUCUGGUCGGAGCAAAAGCGAGCUGAGUACUCAAUCACCCAGACGACAGCCACAGGAAAUGAAUGGUCACGCUCCUUCACUUUCUACAGGACAUACGCAGUCCUCCUACAUCAGCAGUGACAAUGACUCUGAGUUUGAGGAUGCAGACGUGUGGAAAGAACUACAGGAGCUGAGAAAAAAACACAUGAAGGAAUUCUCUGAUCUGCAAGCAUUUCAGAGGAAUGAAAUUGAACGUCUAUACAAAGAGCUGGGAAAAUCUCCGCCACCAAAUGUUGGCCUGCUUUAUUGUGCUCCUCCAAGUGGACGAAGACGCAAAGCCAGUAAACACAAACUAAAGGCUGGAAAAUUGCUCAAUCCAAUGGUGCAGCAGCUCAAAAGCAAUCUUACUAACACCAACACUACAGUGGAGAGUAAAGGUGAAAGUACUGGCAGUUCGUCUGGAUCUCCUGCUAAAAGUUUGAUUCUUUCUGAUGGUUCUGCCCACUCCAGUGGCAGCUCCAGCUCUGUCAAUCAGCAAAGCACAGUCCCGCAGCAGGUCCACACCCAGCAACCCUGUUCUUUGAAAGGCUCUUUCUCCUCAGACAACAUCUACACUGGGCAGCACAAUGACGGGAUGACAAACUUAGCAAACCAAGGCUGGACGGUUUACCACCAAACGUCAGAGAGAGUCACCUAUAAAUCUAGUAGCAAACCGCGCACUAGAUUCCUCAGUGGACCUGUGUCUCUGUCCAUCUGGUCCACUCUGAAACGACUAUGUCUAGGCAAAGAGCGCAGUAGUAGGUCCUCUUUCAGUGCUGCCACAGCUCAGACACAGCCAUCACUCGCCUCAGCCACAACAUCACCAUCUCCUCAGUCAAUCAGUCUGCUUGCUCAGGUCCAGACUAACAACAGCAACAAUAAGAGAAGCACGUUUACCGAUGAUCUGCACAAACUGGUAGAUGAUUGGCCAAAGGCUAUAUCAGCGGCCAAUCAGCCACCCCCUUCCUUGAACCAGAUCAUACAGCAGAGGCGCUUGCAGGACCUGGAAGGCCAAACUGUGUCCAUGGGAGCAGCGCCCUUUAAGAUUAAAUGUCAUACUGGUCCCAGCAAGUUGCCUUGCUCCUAUCCCCUGAUUGCUGCUUCGCACUCUAGCACAACAAGAAGCCACGGUCCCAAUUACCCUCAAACUUUGCCCCCUAGGUACUUUUUGGUUCCUGGCCCUCGUUACACUCAGCAGUGGCCUGGCUUGCCUCGGCCUGUUAAAUCAGUGAACCCCUUUUCUGCCACGUCAAAACCUGAAAUCCAAGCACCCCCUCUAGAAAUGUACAACGCUGAGAAUGACCUUAGUCCAAAAUCAUCCAGGACUACCUAAAACCUGCAGUCGGUGUGAAUGAAUAGCCCAUUUGUAUUUUGCUGAAUCACCAUAACUGCACGUUUUUUUCAGAGCUUGUAGGUACAGGAAAGAAAGGUUGAUAUUCUUUGUACAGUUACCAUUUGGUUUAUGACUGUGUGUGUGUGUGUUAUAUAUGACAAUGUAAUGCUUAUCAACUGAAACUUGGUCAUUUGUCUUCAUUACAUUUUCCCCCAUUAUUGUACUUUCUAUUUCUUUGGACUAAACACAAGCGUAUACUUGACCAACUACAGGUGUAAUUUGGAAUUCAAAUGCCAGUUGGGCCCAAAUUAAUCAUUUAUCCUAUCCACAGUAUUAUUAUUGAUGGAAUGUAGUGCCUUGAACAUUAUCUUCUGCAAAACAGCUUGUCGACAUACAAGUCUUUUGCUUAUUAUGUGAUGGGUCGUUUGAGUGCAGUCUUUUUUUAAUGCAUCACAGACAGCGUUUUGGUUUAUCUAGGAAUGCCAUUGUAGCACUGCACUAUUAUAAACACAAGAUAUGCUCUUAUUCUUAUAAUAAAAUUUACUUUCAAUCUUUUUUUUUUUACUCUUCACCCCUGUGACUAUGCCGUAGAGGUAAAAUGCACUGUUGCCUUGCAAAGGAAAACUAGUUAAUGUGUUACUGAUGACAAAAGAGGGAUGAAUUACGCCAGCAGAUGAAACCCCUCUUUAAGGUCAAAUGGUUCUGUUGGACAAAGCACAAGAUUGAGUAGUGUUAUAAAGCCUUGUGGUUAGACAAAAGGCAAUGUCCAGAGCCAUAAAUGAUGUACAUAGUUCUUUCUACAGUAACUGCUUCUGGUUAGGUCAUGGUCAGAAUGUAGCAAUUAAUAAAUGAAGGCUUGAGGCUUUAAAGUGCAAUUUAAUCCUUCCACAAAGCUUUGAUUCUGGCAUUGCCACAAGCCUUAUCUGAUGUGUGUAACAGGAAUAAGUGAAAUGUUGGAAGAAAGUAUGAACAUGACACUAGCAAGAAAACUCUGAAUUCCCUACUGCUAAAUGUAUCUAAUACCCAGCAUCAAGUAUUGCGCGCAGUCACCAGUUAACUGGACUUUUUAAGUUAUUUGAUUUUUGAUGCUGCUAUUGUAGGAGGCACUCCACUGAACACUGAAGCCUUUUAUUUACGUUGGAUAGUACCAAAGUCCUUACAUCGAAAUGAGAAAGGAUAAACAAACAGCAGUGUUACUUAAGUCCUUGACAUUUUGUUAGCUGGUAUCGGUUGCAUAAAGCAUUUUCCAUUUUCAGAUAUUGCACAUUUGAAAUAAUAGUUAAAGAGAGAUUUGCACAAGUUAUUCCCAUAAUUUUAUUUGAUUAUGUAUUUCCUUGGGUGUAUGCAUGGCUUUCACUGUCUUUAAUGUUCGUAAAGGUCACCAAAAUGUGGUCAACAUUUUUUCCCCCACAAAACCUGGAGCAAGCAGUUAAGUUAUUGUGGUGCAAUAUCUACACAACAUGUAAGAACGGAUUUAGGACCCUGAUCCUUCCAAGCUGUGAAUUGUACAGCUUUGUUGUAGUGUAAACUGUAUAUUUUGUGUAUGCAUAAUGGAGAGGUUGGUUUGAUGUAUGGUAUACCAUCAAUUCAGUUUGAAUUGGAAUUUUAUAGUAAGAAUCCUCUGCUUUAGGGACAUUCUUCCAGUUGUAAGAGAUUUCUGUUCUCUGGUAUUUGUAUCUGGAAUGUGCUGUUUUGAACAGAGUAAGGGUACUUCUUGUUGACCAAGUUGGUGGCAGAGAUCAAAAGACUGAAUUGCCAGUUCUGACAUUUUAUCCAUCCCUGCAUGUCUCUGACCAACAUUCCCUUGCAGUGACUAUGCUCAGAUUGUGGAUAAACUUGUAUUAAAAGUGAGUGGGGUUGCUUGCCUGCCUGUCACAUUUCUUACUGUAUCUCAUACCCUGCUGCACUGUAUGACACAGAUAAAUAAAUUUUAUUUUCACUCUGA